CAAUCUCUGUUUUGCAUUAAACUGAUUAAUAAUCAACUGAAAGGUCUUAUUCAUGGCAGUUCCACAAUCUCGUCUUUUUCUGUUUUGUUGUUGAUGUUUGCUUUUUUUUACCUUUGCUAUGAUUUUCCACUCCUAUCUUUCUAACUUUUUCCUUUUAAAGAUAGAGACUAUCAAUUCCCAUCCCAAAACACCCCCAAAGUUUCUUUUUUGCCUUUCUAAAGAGUUUUAGCAAUAAAAACAAACAACAGGCGAUACAAAUUUUCAACUAAGUUAGUUCUAUAAGAAUGCUGCUCGGUUCUUCUUGUUCUGGUUUUGGUUUAAUCCCUUUUAUUUCUCUCUAGUGAAAUUCAACUCCUUUUUCUUUUAAUUUCUCAGGGCCCAUUUACAGAUGGGUGACAACAAAGGAGAUACAUCCAAGAAGCAAACUCAACAAUCACAGCAAUCACAACAGCAACAGCAACAGCAACUUUCUUCUUCUCCUUCCCCAAAAGACCCACUUGAAGAUUCACCAGAAACAACAAGAUCACAACACCAUCACCAACAGCCACAAUCUGCUGUUGUUACAGGACCUCCUUUCAUCUCUACACCUUUGUAUGUCCCGAUUGGUGCAACUUCCUCUCCUUUUGACCAACAAUUCGAGGCUGUAACCCCCAAAAGACCUAGAUAUGCUACCGCCCAGUGGAAAAUAUUGCCUUCUUCGUCUCAACAACAAACCGCACAAACUACUAUUGUCACAAGCGAAUCAAGCCCAUCAGGUCCAUCGCCUACUACGAUUCCCACAUCGACCACAAACCCACAGACCCAGCUAUUACAUCAUGCACCAGCUUCUUCCUCAGACACAGCCUCUUCUCCCCCACACUCGCCUAUCCCUUCUCUCUCUGCUGCUUCUGGUCAAGAAACAAGUAAACCAGAAGCUCAACAACUUCACCAGUUUAGAAAAGGAAAAUAUGUGAGCCCAGUCUGGAAACCAAAUGAGAUGUUAUGGCUAGCCAGGGCUUGGAGGGUUCAAUAUCAAGGCGGGUUUGAUGGGUCUGGCUCAUCUACAAGACCCGAACAUCAAGAUCAAACUGGUCAAAUUACAGGCGGUGACUCUACAUUUCAGUUAACAAGAGGGAAAACAAGAGCUGAUAAAGAUAGGGAAGUAGCAGAGUUCUUGCAAAGACAUGGAGUAAAUAGAGAUGCAAAAACUGCAGGGACUAAAUGGGAUAACAUGUUAGGUGAAUUUAGGAAAGUAUAUGAAUGGGAAAGGGGAGGUGAAAGAGAUCAAGUAGGGAAGAGUUAUUUUAGACUUUCUCCUUAUGAAAGGAAGUUGCAUAGGUUGCCUGCAUCUUUUGAUGAGGAAGUGUUUGAAGAGUUGUCUCAGUUUAUGGGUUCCCGCAUGAGAGCUUCUCAAAUCAGAGGACCACCUGGAGUUGGUUCUGGUGAUGAUAAUAGUAGAAUUACAGCUCUUGCUGUUGCAAGAGCUCUCCCUCCACCUCCUCCUUUCAAAGAAGACGACUUUUCUCUCCCAGCAGCAAGGUCAAAGCCACUGGUGAUGACAAGUGGAGGUGAACCUUAUUUUCACAGCAAUAGAGGGAGUUUGUUAGGGUUUGAAGCUUCAAUUGAUGUUGCUGGUGGUGGCGGCGGUGCUGCUGCUGCUUCAUCAUCUUCAAAAGAGAUUCGUAGAAUUGGCAAAGUACGAAUGACAUGGGAAGAAUCGGUGAGUUUAUGGGCUGAAGAAGGAGAACAUCAUAGAGGGCGAGUACGGCUUCAAGGGUCAUGCUUUUUAAAUGCAGAUGAACUUGCUUUCUUUGAUGAUUCAAUGGUAGCUUGCACUAUAGAAGCCUUUGAAGAUGGACCCCUAAAAGGUUUCUCAGUUGAUAGAUUCGUUUCUGGACAACAAGUCAAAGUCUUUGGCAGAAGAAAGGCUUCUGCAUCAGUUGCUGCUCCUUCUGGUUUCGUCGAAAGAGUUCAACUUCCUUCAAUAGAACCUUCAAUAAGAUCAAUUCCUCCGUGGGAAUUUCAAGACCCAACUGAGUAUUACGUGGGUUGCCUGCGAGUGCCACCAACUGCACUUCCAAGCUUGUUUGAGCUUUCAUGGUAUUUACAAGAGCCACCACCUGAAGAACUACGCUUCCCACUUAGAAAAGAUGUUUACAGAGACUUACCUCAAGGCAAAGAGUAUUUCUUCACUACUUCUAGUGAGCUGUUGGAUUGUAGAGGUAUAGCUUUUGAUAUCUUGAGCUCAAUCAUCAGAACUAACCCUAGUAUCAGUGCUGCUAAUGCCUCAAGUAGAGAGUCUUUCAUUGGCCUUUGGGAUGAUUGCAUCAAUAGGGUUGUGUCCAAAUUCUGUUCUGUUGAAGUGGUUAUUGUUAGAAAACCCUCUUCGUCAUUAGAUGAUAAUACGUUGCAGUAUCAGUGGCCAAACGUAACAGGAUUUGUUAGAAACUUUUGUUUGUGGAGAGGAGAGGAAACUGACCGAUUAAAAGAAGGUCAAGUUGAUCCUUCUUCUUCUAUAGUAGAGAAGCUUUUAUGGACUUACAUGGACAUUCCUUAUAUUCUUGGCUACUAUGCAGUUGGCUACUUGGUGACUUUUUGUGCAUUAUGUCGAUCUCAGGAUCGCAUAAUCCGUACAGAUCUCUAUACUUUAGACCUAUCUUCACCGUCUGAGAGAUUAAAAGCCCUAGUCCCAUGUUACAGAAUAGCCGGGUUAUUGCCGUUGCUAGCCGAACGUUGCUUCAACAACAUCAACAAUGGAGGUACUUUUAAGCAGUUAACAUUCAGUGAUUUUGAAAGAAUCGAUAUGGGUAAUGGAAACAUCAUUGAAAUGACACCAAAUACAGUGACAAGAUUCUUUCCGAAUAAAAGAAAAUGGGCAGCAGUGAAAGAAAUAUACGAUUUUCUUGAUCAGAGAAUCCCACACGCAGAAUCCAUAUUCAGAUCACUGGAGAAAGAUUUGUCAUUGGUUUUUAAGCCAAGAGGGGUCAAAUUUAAGCCAACAAAUUGUGAUCAACUUGUAGAAGCUCUAAAAUACGUCACAAAAGCAUUAGUGGCACUGCAUGACUUAUCUUUCAUGCACAGAGACUUGAGUUGGGACAAGGUGAUGAGAAGAAGUGACAGGGAAAACGAGUGGUUUGUAUCUGGAUUUGAGGAGGCAGUGGGUGCACCACAGAUAUACCCACACGGAGUCGUAGAGGCGCGUGGGAGACACGCUCCGGAGAUGGGAAGGGGGUUGCAUGGGGUUAAAGUAGACGUGUGGGGCGUCGGUCACUUGGUUAAAAGUUGUGGGUUGGGUUCAAAUGUUGUACCAAAGAUGCUUAGAGAGUUGCAGAAUAGGUGCUUAGACCAGAACCCAGAGCAGAGACCCACCGCCGCCGAUUGUUAUCACCACCUGUUGCAGGUGCAGUCAUCUCUACAGUCAUCUUCCUCUGGAGGACCCUAUUGAAUUGAUUGAUGGAUAUGUUUAAAAUGUACAUGCGCAUGCCACCACAAUAAAUUAAUAUGCUAUCGUAGCUUUGGGCAUCUUGAUUUAAUAUUCUUGUGGGGGCUUUUGGGUAUUGUGUAGUGGUCUGAUCAAUGUUGUAGGUGCCAAGAAUUUUACGUUUACACGGUGGAGGAGAUUGUACUAGGGCAGUGUAUUGAUUGAUACCUUAAAAAUUGAAUACGGCGAGAAGAUUAAAGUUCCUUCAGUAAAAGGGGAAAAAAAAAAAGGCUGCUGCCGCUGAAAGGGCGGCUCCACAGUUACUCCUUUGUCUAGCCAGUCACUCUAAAUAUUUUAAAUGGGCAAGAAUUUUUCUUUUUAGCUUUUGUGGGUAGAGAAUUUAAUUACUUUAUUUCCCGGUUCUAAAAGUAAUUUCGCUCGAGAUAUGGUAAUUUAUAUGUGUAAUGUGGCAGUAGUCUUUCUAAUGGUGGAUUGCUUUACAUUAAAUUGGUUAGUUAAUAUAGGAUUGUUAGUCGUAGGACCAUUGUCUUAUAUUUUUCUUUUCUGCAUUUGAAGUUGCCAAGUACUAUUGUUAUUGCUUCCUGGAA